AUGGACAGGACAGAGAGUACACCCGUGUUUUUGCACGCAGAACUGCUCCCCAACAUCCGCCAAAUCACCCUUUACAUCUCCGUUCCUAUUUCCUCAGAUACGACAGAAGAGAGCUCACUGCAUCUAGACCCAAAGAUUACGCUCUCAGCAUCCCGCCGAGCCAUUACGGUGUCGUUUCCUGGCUUGUCGGAAGAUAGCGCGGAAACGAUCAAACUCCCCGCCCGGGUGAGCGACACGUCGCGGCGGAUGCUAGAUGUUGCUAAGCCGCGUGGUCAGCUUGUUGGGAACGGCGGUCUGUCGCACGAGAAGAGAAUGGAAUUCUCUCUGCGGAUGCCAGUCGACACUGCGGAGGGACCACUGGUUUCCAGGGAAGAAUUGACGGAUGGGUUUGUGCCGUGGACGGCUGGGGACAUGUCUCCUCGCAGCGAGGUGCGGUGCCGGCAAUGCAGUACGGUGUUUUUGAGCUCUGGGGCUCAUAGCUCCUCUGGUGGAAAAGAUACUGCCAUUCCGGGAGCAAAACGUGGCUGGGUGUGGAAAGACCUUCCCAGCGGCAACUGGGCGGAGAUGAUGGAUUUCUGGCAUUGCCACAAGCCUGAUCCGCGCCACAGCCAUGACCAUGGAUCUGAUAGCGGAGAUGUUGGGAUCGUUGAUGACCAGCAAUCCCAGAUCAAAGGAUAUGGAGCGGCAAAUCAGGUGGUGGCAAUUCCCGGGACAGUGCUUGUGGAUGUAGCCACUUUCUUGGUUGCAGAGAUGGACUGUCAAGGUUUAAUAAAGGUAAGGAUAGAUCAGGAUCCAGACACGUCUUCAAAGCUCCAACAACACCCUAUAGAAUGCGGGAAGUGUUCUUCUAUUAUAGGCACGGAAGACCCGGUUGCCCAAGGCUGGAGGCUCUUCAAAACUCAUAUCUCCGUGGUGACGAAGGACGAAGACGGGUCCUUGCAAUGGCGAGCCUAUCCAACAGAGACUAUCGUGGCUGCGCAGCUGCUCGAGCUGGUAGAGAGAGAGAGCGCUAGACGCUUUGUGGUACAUUGCGGACAAGGCCCUGGCUUGCUUCUUUGGACGUUCAACCCCGACCUUCGAUACUCCAGCUCGGGCAGAGAUCGGAGCAUUGCUGCACAGAGAGCAAUGAAAGUACUCUUUCAGCAGAUAUCCGACGUUGAUACUCUUCUGUAUCCAGAGACUGGCAAAGCAACCCCUCUGGCUCUGGAUGAGCUCCGAUUGCCCACGAAAACGUACACGGAUCUCUGUGCGGCUCUGGCCAAGACCAAUACCAUGCUCCCAAUGUCUGCAAGGCUUUUCCAAGACUGGACUGUUGGCCUCCUCGAUAGGUUUGAAAGGACAAACAGCGGCUGAUCUCUUCCGGGGGGGAUCAUUGAUAUACCCUAUUUCCAGGGAGCUGUGGGGUCAGAGAGCCCUUUCAAUGGCCAAGAUGCAGGGAGCACAGAGGGCGAGAGCAACACAACACGUGAGUAUGUUUGUCCUACCUGGACGCUAAGAAAUGAAGUGAAGUGAGAGUACAGGCGCUUUCCUUUCUCUUUGGUUACAGACACGUGCUGUCUUCUGCUCUCUUCGCCCCCCUCACCUAAUAGCGCUAGGCGUUGUUUGAUCUUUCUCACUGCCUCCUCUCUCUUGAAGAAACUUCUUCUCUUCUUUUAACCUGAUUCUUCUUCG